CUCGCAUUGUACUCUGGGAAUUUUUAGUUCGAACUAUUAUGUUACGUGCUUGCCGAUUAUAAUGAAAUUGUAUUAUUUAUAUAUAAGAAAUAUCGCAUCAUUUAUUUAAACAGUAAAUCAGUGCAUGACUCCAACAAUAAUAUUACUGUUUUGAAAGUUUUCAGCCGUACAUAGAGGCAGCCUUUUUGAAACUCGACUAGAUUGUUUUGUAUUUGUGUCAUUUCAUCAUUCCAGUAUGACCUCGGCUUCCACGAAGGUGGGCGAGAUUUUCUCGGCUGCAGGUGCUGCAUUCACUAAACUGGGCGAACUGACCAUGCAGCUGCAUCCAGUGGCAGACUCUUCUCCAGCAGGUGCCAAAUGGACCGACACAGAGAUCGAGAUGCUGCGUUCUGCAGUUCGGCGCUUUGGUGAUGAUUUGAACAGCAUCAGCUCAGUCAUAAAGGAGCGUACUGUUGCCCAAAUUAAAACAACAGUGAAAAGGAAGCUGUAUGAGGACAGCAGGGUCCCACUCACUUCAGAGUCCCCUAAAAAAACAAUGAAGAAAACCUCUGUAACGCUACCACCUCCUCCAGCAUCAGUGGCCCCCACGGUUAUCACUGUGCCAACCUCUCAGGUUGUCGUGACAACAGGAUUGCAGAGUGCUCCAUCUUUACAACCGGCGAUUAAGAACCCUAAACCAGCAGAUGUGACUCUGAGUGCUCUGAAUGACUCUGAUGUGAACAGCGAUUUGGUGGAUAUUGAAGGGCUUGGAGAAGGCUCCACAAAGAAACCAAACUUUGACCAGGAGAGCUUGAAUCUGGACUCCAGUCUAAUAAUGAACUCCAGUGAUCUGCCCCUCCUGUCACGCUGACCAACAGCUGUCAGUCAUGUUGAGGUUAUGGCAUAGGGACAUCAAAAGAUUAUCAAGGACAGAUCAUGUGAAGAAGCAGCAGUUUGAUCAUAUGCUUGUAAAAAUGCUUUUUAUGGAGCUGUAAAUGUUGCCGUUGGCACCUGUACCCCUUUUCCAUUGUGGGUCCAAAGAGCACCAGACCAAACCUGUACUAGAUCACUAAAAUGACUGAAAUAUACUUUUACUCUAUGAAUUAACUUCCUUAGCUCUUAUGAAAUGACAAAAACAGACCAUAACAGUCAGAAUUUGAUGGAAAAAAUGAGAACCUAUGGGGAAAAAUAUAAUGCGGUACAUGCUCACAGUUGAAAAAAGGUUUGCAGGAUCGUGGUGCAGUGGUCAAACAGACGUACUCCUGUACUUGUAAAAAAAAAAUAUAUAUAUAUAUAUUUUUUUUUACCUUUGCCUUUUUUGUAUUUUAACAGGCCAUUUUAGAUCAAAGUAAACUUUUCUUGGUUAAGAGUUGCUAAUUGUAGGGAAAUAUGGCAACAUGUGAGCAAAAAUAGUUAGGGAAAAAAAAUUACAUGUCAUUUUCUUGAACUGCCACUGUACAUUAAGUGCAGCUUCUAAUGGAUGUAGUAAACAGGAUGAUGUGUGUGUGUGUAUAUAUAUAUAUAUAUAUAUACACACACACACAUACAUAUAUAUUAUUUUUAACAUUGCUGACUAUUAAACAGGUCAUUUCAACUGAAAACACACAAACUUGCCUCUGGUUUUACUUAAAUUACAUAUGUAAUUUUUUAAAGGGGUCAUGACAUGCUUUUUUUAUUAUUUAAAUAUGUUCCUCGAGGUUCACUUAUGACAUUAGUCAAGUUUUUUUGCACAAAAACAGAGUCAUAUAUUUGAAAAAAAUUAUAAUUUUCCACCCUCAUUCUGACCCUCUGUCAGAAACGCUUGGUUUAGGUGCUGCUUCUCCUUUAAGACUUGACAGUAAACGUCCACUGUUAUGACUGGCUCGCUGCUCUUGUCUGACCUGCUCUGCUCACCGCUACCGAAGUGAUUAAAGGUAAAGUAGGUGUUGGUGUGUUGUUGUGACAUCACAAU